CUGUCAUCCUCCCCUUCUCCCCCAAAUAAUCUCCCCCACGAUGGCUGAGCAGCGCUUUGAUGCUGGCGUGCGCAACCACGACCACUACCAGAGCAAGCUGCCGCCAUGGCGCUACAAGCUGAGAAACUUCCUCAUCCCCAUUGUGCGCUGGGAGACGCCCUACCUGGCCUACAUGCAGCAUGCCCUGCGCUCUCCCGCCCUCGACUCGUACUUCGCCUUUACCGCUAACCUCGGCACCCACACCUUCUUCAUGAUCAUGCUGCCCAUCCUCUUCUGGUGCGGCUACACCAACCUGGGCAAAGCAAUGGUCCAUGUCCUGGCCUCUGGCGUCUUCUGGAGCGGCUUCGUCAAGGACAUGCUGUGCCUUCCGCGCCCGCUGUCCCCGCCGCUCCAGCGCAUCACCAUGUCCGGCUCCGCCGCGCUCGAGUACGGCUUCCCGUCGACCCACUCGACCAACGCCGUGUCCGUCGCCAUCUAUGCCAUCUGGCUGCUGCGUGCCACCGACGAGGCCCACGUGCUCCUCCAAACCCUCUUUUACUGCUAUACCGUGUCCAUUAUCUUUGGCCGCCUGUACUGUGGCAUGCACGGCUUCUUCGAUGUCGUUAUCGGUACCAUCAUCGGUGCUCUGCUGGCAGCCAUUGAACUGGCCUUUGGCAAUGCCUUUGACCACUGGGUCUGCAGUGAGAGCUGGACCAAUCCGCUCAUUGUCACGCUUGUAAUUCUUGUCCUGGUCCGCAUCCACCCUGAGCCCGCCGACGAUUGUCCGUGUUUUGAUGACAGUGUUGCCUUUGCCGGUGUCGUUAUCGGCUGCGAGAUUGGUGUCUGGCACUAUGCCAAAAGCUCGUACGCCUUGGAUGACCCCAUUCCCGGGACCGUUCCCUUUGACCUUUACAAAAUAGGCUGGCUUAAAGCGACCUUGCGUAUCUUCCUCGGCGUACUGAUCAUUUUUGCAUGGCGAGGUCUAAUGAAGCCAAUAUUGCUCAAGCUUCUCCCGCCCGUCUUCCGUGUUCUAGAGCGUCUGCGCAUGAGCCUCCCUCGAAAGUUCUUCCUCGCGGCGUCUCAAUACUCCACUAUUCCUAGGCUCCGCGAUGAUGACCACGUCAUCCCCUCCGCAUCCGAAAUCCCCUCGAUGCUCACGAACCUCUCGCACCCCCGCAAGCGCGCCGUCUCCGUCGGCCCGCAGAGCAUGGCCGAUGCCUACGAGACCCUUGCGUACCGCCACAAGCGGCGACGCGAAAGCUCAAACACGCCCGGCGCCGAGCGGCCUAAGAGUCCUCUCAGGAGGAGCGAAAAGGAGCCCAGCCCUGGAGGUUACUUUACCGUUCAGCCGGAGGCCAACUCGACGUCGAGCAGCAAUCUGGGCACGCCUGCCGGCGUCAACCUCCUGCCGACGCCGAUGAGCAGCCGUGUGCACUCGUACGAGCAGAUGAUGGGCAGUGGCACUGCGAUGGCACGUCCGCCCACGCCGCCGUCGAGCGAUCGGGGCGGGAAUGGCGAGCAGGUGUUGCUGGAAUGGGAGGAAAAGACAGAGGUGGGUGACAAAGAGGAGGAAAAGGAGGACCGGGAGAUCUUUUUAAAGCUGGAGAGGCCGAGAGUAAGAUAUGAUGUGGAAGUGGUGACGAAACUGAUUGUUUAUUCGGGUAUCGCUUGGUGGGCGGUCGAAGGUAAUCCCAUUCUGUUCGAGCUCUGUGGCUUGAGCAUAUAGCAAGAGGCGUUACUGUACCAGGGCGUGGGGGGGGCAAAGGCGCAAGGUGUAGAUGAUUUUUUGCAUAGGGGAAAAGUUCCGCCCGUUGAGGCGACAGUACUUAAUUGCGCAAGGACAUAGUUUCGAGGGGGACGACGAUAGACUUAGGACCACGGCCAUUGAAAAAAACGUUUCAGCCAUGUUUACGAAUGUAGCGGGUGGGUAGAUGGCUUGGAAGCUUGCUGAACACCACGACCACCGGUGGCCAGCCGGAAAGAGAUAUGAUACGGACCAAUCGACGUUAUUACAAGCUGCACAGGGAUGCGAUGGCGUAGUUGGUGG